AUGUUGACAAUCAUACAACACCAUCACUCUAUCCCUCUCCUGAGGGACCCCUCUCCAUGUAACCCCUUCCCUCCACCUCCUCUGACCCGGAAGGCGGUGUUCUCGAGGGAUGCUCUUGCCAAGCACAUCUAUGCUCAGUUAUUCUCUUGGAUUGUAGAUCAGAUCAACAAGGCUAUGGACACACAGGCAAAGACCACAAACUUCAUUGGUGUCCUCGAUAUUUACGGGUUUGAGAUGUUUGAAAUUAACAGCUUUGAACAGUUCUGCAUCAACUAUGCUAAUGAGAAGUUACAACAGCAGUUUACACAGCAUGUAUUCAAGCUGGAGCAAGAGGAGUAUGUGAAGGAGAAGAUUGAAUGGUCAUUCAUUGAUUACUAUGACAACCAGCCUUGUAUUGAUAUGAUUGAGAGCAAGCUAGGUAUCUUAGAUCUCCUGGAUGAGGAAUGUAUGCUCCCCAAGGGAUCUGAUGAGAACUGGUGUAACAAACUCUACAACAAGCUGACAUCCCAUGGACACUUCUCCAAGCCCAGGACCUCCCGUACUGCGUUCCUGGUCCACCAUUUUGCUGAUAAAGUUGAGUAUGAGUCAGAAGGAUUCGUGCAGAAGAAUCGUGAUCAAGUCAAUGAUGAGCAUCUCAAUAUCCUUAUGGCCAGUCAGUAUGAAUUUGUGGCAGAACUGUUCCGUCCAAAACAAGAAGCGCCUCCAACCCAUCACAAAAGAGGUAACGUCAAACCAAUGAUUACACCUGUCAAGAGUUCCAAGACAUUCAAGAAGUCUGUCGGCAGUCAGUUCCGUGACUCUUUGACGUACCUGAUGAUGAAACUGAACUCAACUACUCCACAUUACGUCCGAUGUAUCAAGCCUAAUGACUACAAGCUGCCUUUCACGUAAGAAAACAUUCUAACUUCACUUUUGCUGUCUGCUGCUAAAUUGAUUAGAAGUUUCAUUAUUAAGGAUAGCUUGUGAUACCAAAUAUUGAAUAUUCUUUUCUCAGUUACUGUAGGAAAAUUAAUCUAAUUGUCUCCAAGCCCAUUGUGUAAACGAUAACAUGUUGCAGAGAUAUGCAUAAAAUGUGUCUAAGUUUUAACAAGUGAUGGUAUCUUUUCAAAGUUUUUUUUUUCAACAAAGGAAAGGAAAUUUAAUUGGGAGGGAAAAGUAUGAAUGCUAUUCAGGUGAACUUUUUUUUUCUGGGCUAUUUAAUAACUGAUAAUGGUGUUGAGUCAGCCCAGGAGGACUAUUCGUCACAGUGCUGUUUGCCCCAGACGAUGCAUGGAAUUCAUGUUUCCGGUUGUUCUAACUUCUUCACCUCAGAGACAUCAUGUCUCAAGAGUAGAUCUGUCUUUGAACUCUUGGACAAUCUAGAGGUUUCUUUCUGUGUUUAUGUUUUUUUUAAGCAUGCUUAACUUGCAAUGUAUUGAAGUUUUCAAUAGGCAAUGCAUAAAAUAUACAGAACCCAGAAGCUGGUAUGUUUAAGGAUACCUUGUAAAUAUCCACAUUUUUAAAUAUAUAGUUGUCCUUUUCAACUUUGGUAAUGCACUGCCAUAUAAUUGCUCAGCUUCUACAGAAACCAAUGCUGACUCGUCCUCUGCCAAACCUGAUUUGUAGGUUGACUCAUGAAAGCAUGAUAGUGAUGUAACAUCACGUUGAGGAAACCUUAGGGUAUGGUCAGUUGGUAUGCAGUGUCGCAUACUGAGACCCUUCAGGGUUCAGCUAUCUCUUUCAAUCAGUAAUGGCCUUUAUUUUCUCUUGGAGUAGGAUAUCAGACUCAAUUUAGCGGUUGCAGUCUAAUUAUGGACAUUUGGAAAGCAUAUUUAGUCAUGUGCGUCAUUGAUCAUUGUUUAACCUUUGGUGUUGGUAUAUUCAUAACAAACAAAUUUCUAGAGGAAGAAUAAAGUAUGGUGUAUGUUUAAGCAUAGGAUCCUUUUAUUCAAUUUUCUUUGAAAAUUACUGUCCUAUUGGUGAAUUUUAAAUCACAUGACAACUUGUAGAUCUGCCUAUCAAAUACAAGACUGUAUUCUGCUAUUGUAUGAUACCUCAAGUUAACAGCUUUCAUCUAUAGAGUCACAGCGAAUGUUAUCGUCUGGGAUAUGUACAGAAAUGUGCUGUGUUCCAUCCUUGGUGAAAGUGCAUUGCUCUAUGUACCUGAAAUUAUAUAAAAGUCUGAUGCACUGUGGACUAUCUUACCCAUAUCAAAGCACACUUGAAUGUUAAAAAGACAACAAAAGAUUAAACUCCUUAGCUUUGCCUAAACUAAUCCAGAUAAUUUCAGUUUAGGGAUUAAAAAUAUAGAUAUAUGCUUCCUUUUCAUUCUUAUAUUACCUUUUUCUAAUGUGAAAUGAAAAGCAAAUAAUCACCUUCCACUUCCCCAUUGAUAUGCAUAUAGGCUUUUCUAAAGCUUCUCUUUGGAAAGAUAGCUACAUCCAAAUAGCCUCAGGACUGUCCCAUCACCUUCACCAUUGAUAAUUGUAAUUUUGGUCAAUCUUCUUUUACAUCAGAUUCAUGCGGAAUAAGUCAUCAUUAAUAUGCUAAAGGAAAUAUAAAUUCAACAGCUGUAAUUUUCGUGCAUUCUAACUCUAAACCUUGCUUCAUAUUGAACUGCCAUUUCAAGUCACAUUUUGAAAUCUUGAGUUUAGGAAAUGGGAACAGAAAUCCCGAAGCACUACAGAUAUACCGUUUAGAUAUGGAUGCCUCAAGGCCAUACCAGGCUUGGAAAUGAUAAACAUCUCUUAAAACCCAACUAAAAUUAGCUCAUCGUUUUCCACCUAAAGAAAAUCAGCAAAUUGAUGGAAUUUCUGACAAACUUGGAAAACUUCUCCCACUGGUCAGGAACUUUGAAAUCAUGAAUGAUUCCCCACUUCCCUGCCUUAACCGCAUUCCUACACGUGUGUUAGCAUUCAGUCGUGUCGCCUGGUGGAUUAUGUUUGGUGUUACCGUGGUAACCGUCAUGUAUGUAAGCACGAAGGCCAUGCUCCUCUGAUUGCUGAUGAAUGAGUUGUAAGAUGAUAGAGUAACAUGAAGCACUAUGCAUGGGACUACAUGUAUACACCAUGAAGUAUUCUGUGAAAGCCAGAAUAAUUGUGAAGCAUCAUU